CUUUUUCUUAUUUCCUGUUUUUGGUUUUCCAAAAAAAGAAACUGAAAACUAAAACUGAUGCCAAACAAGACCUAACUUAUACCUAAUGAAAAAUUCUAAAAUAAAUAAAAAACAAGAAGCACAUAACUACGUCUGUUCUCCUCCACGCUCUUUCCCUCUAGUUUCCCAUUGAAUCGCACUCCAAAUUUGAAUUGAGGCGACUUCUAAUUUUUCUAUUCUUCAUUGAAACUGCUUCUGAGUCUAUUUAGGGUUCUUCGUGGAUUUUGAACUAUUGGUAAUCGAAGCUAGACGUUGAUUUCAUCUUCCAGGAUGUCGAUGUCGGAUUCAGAUAGUUCACAUACUGGCGAUCAUAAGUACUUUCGGCAAAUUACUCGUGAUCGGUUGCUUCAUGAAAUGCUUGGAUCAACAAAGAAGGGGGACUCUCGGUCAACUUGGAAGGUUCUCAUCAUGGACAGAUUAACGGUUAAGAUAAUGUCUUAUGCUUGCAAAAUGGCUGACAUCACCGAAGCGGGAGUCUCAUUGGUGGAAGACAUAUAUAAAAGAAGGCAGCCAUUACCCACAAUGGAUGCUAUAUAUUUUAUCCAGCCAUCUAAGGAGAAUGUUAUCAUGUUUUUGUCUGAUAUGGCUGGGAAAAAGCCUUUAUACAAGAAAGCUUUUGUUUUCUUUAGUUCACCUAUUACUAGAGAAUUGGUUGGUCUUAUCAAGAAGGAUGCCACAGUUUUGCCUCGAAUAGGUGCAUUGAGUGAGAUGAAUCUGGAGUAUUUUUCUUUUGAUAGACAGGGUUUUGUCACUGAUAAUGGAAUGGCUAUGGAGGAGCUCUUUGGAAAUGACGAGAAUCACCGUAAAGCUGACGCAUGUUUAAGUAUAAUGGCUGCUCGAGCUGCUACAGCGUUUGCUUCUAUGAGGGAGCUUCCUUUUGUUCGUUACCGUGCUGCUAAAUCUCUUGAUACCAACACAAUGACCACCUAUCGUGAUUUAGUUCCUACAAAGCUAGCUGCUGGAAUCUGGAAUCAUCUGACAAAAUAUAAGACAAGCAUUGCUAACUUUCCCCAGACAGAAACUUGUGAGCUGCUUGUUCUAGAUCGAUCUGUUGAUCAGAUUGCUCCUGUCAUACAUGAGUGGACUUAUGAUGCUAUGUGCCAUGACCUUCUGUUUUUGGAAGGGAAUAAGUAUGUUUAUGAGGUUCCAAGCAAAACUGGAGGGCCUCCAGAGAAAAAGGAGGUCCUUUUGGAGGAGCAUGAUCCUAUCUGGUGUGAGCUUCGACAUCUACAUAUAGCUGAUGCUAGCGAACGACUACACGAGAAAAUGACCAACUUUGUAUCAAAGAACAAAGCCGCGCAAAUCCAUCAUAGUUCAAGAGAAAGUGGUGAAUUGUCAACACGUGAGUUGCAAAGGAUGGUUCAAGCUUUGCCCCAAUAUAGUGAACAAAUUGACAAGCUUUCUCUGCAUGUUGAGAUUGCUGGAAAAAUAAACCGUAUCAUAAGAGAGCAAAAACUUAGGGAGGUUGGAAAACUGGAACAGGAUCUUGUCUUUGGUGAUGCUGGAACUAAAGAAGUUAUCAAAUUUUUAAGCACGCAUACGGAUUUGAGCCGUGAAAAUAAGUUGCGAUUAUUGAUGGUUUAUGCGGCUAUUUACCCUGAGAAAUUUGAGGGUGACAAAGGUUCACAGUUGAUGCAGCUAGCAGGGUUAUUAUCAGAUGAUACAAAUGCAGUUAAUAAUAUGAAACUGCUUGGCACACAUCCUGAAACAAAGAAAAGCUCUAUAGGAGCUUUUGCGUUAAAAUUUGAUAAUAAGAAAAAACAUGGAGUCAGAAAGGAACGUGUUGGAGAAGAAACAGCGUGGCAAUUAUCUCGAUUUUAUCCAAUGGUUGAGGAACUUGUUGAAAAACUCAGUAAAGGUGAGCUUCCUAAGAAUGAGUACCCAUGUAUGAAUGACCCAAGUCCUACAUCUCAUGGUGCUACACAUCCUGCUGCGAUACAAUAUACUGAGACCCCAGUUGCACACUCCAUGAGGUCAAGACGUACCCCAACAUGGGCUUCUCGACCUCGUAAUUCUGAUGAUGGUUAUUCGAGUGAUUCCAUUCUCAGACACGCUUCUAGUGAUUUUAAGAAGAUGGGCAGGCGUAUCUUUGUAUUUAUUGUGGGUGGUGCUACUAGAUCGGAGCUGCGAGCUUGCCACAAGCUUACGACAAAGUUGAACAGGGAAGUCAUUUUGGGCUCCUCUAGUGUUGAUGAUCCUCCACAAUUUAUCACAAAAUUGAAGCUGCUUUCAAGCGAACUUUCGUUGGAUGACCUUGAGAUAUAAUGGUUUUGCAUGAAACUGUUUGUCCUGAUCAUUCAUAUUCUUUUCCUACUGUGUAAAUUGUGUGCCAUUAGUUCCUGAAUUCUAUUUCUCAUCGUAAAAUGUAUCAUGUUAUUCAUAUCAGUACUUACCGUUGAAACGAAAAAAAAUGUGCUUUUGAUUCCAGAAGAAUUGCAGCUAUCUCGCUGUGCCUUGUGUGGAUCAAGCGAGAUCUCUCCGUCAAUAAUUUUGUACUACCGAGUGAUGUAUUGAAAUUUCAGUUGCAUCAGUCAAUUCUAUGUAUGUAGUUUAUAUGUAAAACUACACGGUACACCAUUUUUUAUGCGUCGUACCUGCACCAUAUUGUGAAUCUUGUCCUUUGCUGUACUUUGUUGCUGAUUGUAACUUGUAAGUGUAUUUAUUUAUUUAUUUGGGGUAAUGGGCUAAUGGCCAAGUUGGCACAA